GCGGACACGUGCCUGGUUGCCCAGCGCCGCCGGAGUCCGGCACGGCGCCGACAGGCCCCAGCCCAGUGUCCAGCCACCAUGCCCUGGAGGAAAGUGCCGGGCUUGGCGCCGGCCUCCCUGUGGGGGCUCCGGCUGCCGCAGAAGUUCCUCUUCCUCCUCUUCCUCUCGGGCCUCAUCACCCUGUGCUUCGGGGCCCUCUUCCUGCUGCCCCACUCCUCUCGCCUCAAGCGCCUUUUCCUGCCGCCGCGGAUCCAGCAGCCUGGUCUGGAGGUGGUGGCUGACAUCGCCGGCCACCCCCUGGCUCGCGAGCAGGACCUGCUCCCCAACCCAGCGCCCGCGGCCCCUGCCCCGGGCCAGGAUGGCCCCAGCAGCCAGUCCAGAGUCCGGCGCAAGAAAGGGUGGGCGCGGCGCGUGCGGCCCACUGGCGCGCGGAGGCUCCCGGACGAUGGCACCCGGUUCAGCUUCGACUUCAACGCGUUCCGGAGCCGCCUCCGACACCCAGUCCUGGGGAGCGGGGCUGAGCAGCAGGAGGAGUCCGGCAGUCCAGUGCGAGCCCAGCGCGAGAAAAUCAAGGAGAUGAUGCAGUUCGCCUGGCAGAGCUACAAGCGCUACGCCAUGGGGAGAAACGAGCUCCGCCCGCUCACGCGAGACGGCUACGAGGGCAGCAUGUUCGGAGGCCUCAGCGGGGCGACCAUCAUUGACUCCCUGGAUACCCUCUACCUCAUGGAGCUGAAGGAGGAGUUCCAGGAGGCCAAGGCCUGGGUUGAAGACAGUUUCCACCUGAACGUGAGCGGGGAAGCGUCCCUGUUUGAGGUCAACAUCCGCUACAUCGGAGGACUGCUCUCCGCCUUCUACCUGACGGGGGAAGAGGUGUUCAGAGUGAAGGCCAUCCAGCUGGGCGAGAAGCUCCUGCCAGCCUUCAAGACCCCCACGGGAAUCCCAAAGAGCUCCGUCAACUUCAAAAGCGGGAGCUGGGGCUGGGCCACGGCAGGCAGCAGCAGCAUCCUGGCUGAGUUCGGAUCCCUGCACUUGGAGUUCUUACACCUCACCGAGCUCUCCGGCCAGCAGGUCUUCGCGAAAAAGGUCCGGAACAUUCGCAGUGUCCUCAGGAACUUGGAGAAGCCCUUCGGCCUCUACCCCAACUUCCUCAGCCCAGUGAGCGGCACCUGGGUACAGCAGCACGUCUCGGUCGGAGGACUCGGGGACAGUUUUUAUGAAUAUUUGAUCAAAUCCUGGUUGAUGUCGGCCAAGACAGAUGUGGAGGCUAAAACCAUGUACUACGAAGCCUUAGAGGCCAUUGAGACCUACCUGCUGAAUGUCUCUCCUGGGGGCCUGACCUACAUUGCUGAGUGGCGAGGGGGGAUUCUCGACCACAAGAUGGGGCACCUGGCCUGUUUCUCGGGGGGCAUGAUCGCCCUGGGCGCUGAGGACGCCGAGGAAGAGAAGAGGAACCACUACCGAGAGCUCGCGGCCGAGAUCACCAAGACCUGCCACGAGUCGUACGCCCGCUCAGACACCAAACUGGGGCCCGAGGCCUUCUGGUUCAACUCUGGCAGAGAGGCGGUGGCCACCCAGCUGAGCGAGAGCUACUACAUCCUGCGGCCCGAGGUGGUCGAGAGCUACAUGUACCUGUGGCGCCAGACCCACAACCCCAUCUACAGGGAGUGGGGCUGGGAGGUGGUGACGGCCUUGGAGAAAUACUGCCGCACGGAAGCCGGGUUCUCGGGGAUCCAGGACGUGUACAGCGUCGUCCCCAGCCACGACAACAAGCAGCAGAGCUUCUUCCUGGCGGAGACCCUCAAGUAUCUCUACCUUCUGUUCUCCGACGAUGAUGUGCUCUCCCUGGAAGACUGGGUGUUCAACACCGAGGCCCACCCGCUCCCCAUCAACCACUCGGGCAGCUCCGCCGGGGCCCGGCGCCCGCGCUGACCGGCUCCCCGCCGCCCCCGGGCCGUCUCAGGGAUGCCACGCCUCCUCGGGAUUUGGGACUGUUCUCAGAGGGACUGGGAACACGGACCCCACAGGGCAGACCCCGGCCAGCUGCGUCGGGCUCGCUACUCUCCUCUGUGAGGAGACAGGACUGGGAGACGCCCCGGCGUCGGAGCAGGGCUGCGGGUGCGCCGGCCCCACAUUCCUUUCUCGGAGAAAUUUCUAUGAAACCCACAAAGCGGCCGUGGCAGGGCCACGGGGCCGGAGGUCUGCGUGUCCGCCCCACGUAGCUGCGUCACUUCCACUGGGGCUCUGCUUGAUUUGGCUUUUUCUUUACUAUUCGGUUUUGUUACGCUCUCUCGAGUCAUGGGCUUUCUAAGGGGGUCACCCGCCCCCCAUCUCCACCCCGUCUCUCCACGUUCAAUGCCUUUGAGCCAACACUUACUCUGCGUUCAUGUCCCCAUCAGUUCGCUUACCAUGGCAGGAGGGGGCUCCUUUGACUUGGGCCCACCCAACUGUUAGGACUGGCUGUGCUAUUCUCAUUACUGUAAUGGAAAAAAAAAAAUCUGGGAACUAGAAAAAAGAGUUUAUUGAAUAACAAGAGCAAGCUCAUUGCACAGCAGUCACUGCUGGGGAAGCAUCGCCAGGCUUGCGACAGACACAGAGGAGCCUCAGCCAGCCAUUGCCGGAAGGUCCCGUGCGGCCAGCGACGCCUCUCCUCUUACCUUGCCUUAACUUGGUCCUAAUGUAUUCAGGAAAUAUGAGCUAGAUGUGCAUGCUCAGGCCGAGGCUCAGGAGAGACCAGAGAGGAGCAGCAACUCGCCUGAAGUCACACGGGGGGGGGGGGGGGGGGAGCAGCAAGGAGCCUCACCCUGCCCUCCCCUGGCCACCCCAGUCCUGCUUCCCAGACACAGAGGAGAGAGGCAGACAGGGCCCCGCAGUCCCGAGGGAGGCAGAGCAGGAAGGUCGCAGAAGCACCUCCAAGACAAUCAAGCCAAGGUAGCAACAGCCAGGACCGACUAUGGCGGGGUGGAGAGCGCAGGGGACCUUCAAGCCAAGCCCUAGACGGUGAGGAGUGGCCAGAGAGGACAUCCCACAGAUCCAGACCCCCUCCACCCUCCCUGGGGCCCACCUCUUGCUGCCCCCGCCAGGGGCCCCGAAACACUGAGCCUGUUCUGCAGAGAAAGGAGUUCAUGUGUUCAUGCGCCAGCACCGAGGUGAGCACAGGCCCUGCUCCCUGACGGCCCAGCCGCUCGGCCAAGGGCACGGGACCGUGCUCAGCCCUGCCCCAGGCUCGGCCGCUCCGUCAUGGCUCUGCUCUUCAUCUCCACUGACCCUCAGGCUGCUGGGGCUCCGUGCCGAUGACCUUAAAUCCCUGCUGUGUGGACCCAGGCAGGGCCCCCAGCUCCCUGGGCUCUUCUUUGCAAGCAGAGGGAGACCCUGCACCUGCCAAGGUUGUCAAAAGAUGAAGUGGGAAGCCAGGGGCGCAGGAAGCGCUUCCUCCUUGUUCUGGGGACUUGGACACCCCACCACCCUGACCCCGGGAUCAUCUCAAACAGCCGUCGUGAGCAGCCCCGAUCUGAAAGGGGCAGGUCACCGCACACUUCCUCGGCGUCCAGGAAAGUGGGGCUCCUGCCACCACCUGCCCUCCUGUGAAAAAAACAGCUCCCUACAGAAACCUCGUAGACAGAUUAGGAAAUAAAGCAAAGCAGACAGAAAACGUCACCAUCCGUCUCUCCAGAAUGGAUACUGUUACGCAAGUAUUUUCUUCUAGACCUUUUUCUAUGAAUGUAUAGAAUCUAUGUUUUGGAACAUGGUAUCAUACUAUGCAUACUAUUUUCUUAUAAUCUGCUGUUGCACUUAACUGUGUAUUGUGGACCUCUUUCCCCGUCAACAAAUACACACGUAUCUCAU